AUAGGUGGUUAUAUCUGUAGACAUGCUGGGAUGAUGACAAAACUUGAAGCCAAAUUUGAUGAGAAUUAUUUAAAAGAUCUCAGCUAGGCUGGCUACACAUCGGACCAUUAUGUCUGUUGAAAACAGCUGAGAGAAAGUGGAAUAUGCUGCAGCUUGAAUAUUUGUUCAUUCUUGGAGAAGCUGUGUGCUGCAAGACUGAGCAUUGCUGCAUUCCUCAUGUUGCCCGAGGGUCUGCAGUGACAGGGGUAGACUCAUCACUAUCGCUGCUGUGGAUUGUGAAACUUCAGCAGGCGAGCAACAACAUGCCUCACGAGGGAGAAGUGCGUUUACAAAAUAAGGCACAUUAAUGGUUGCUGCAAUCCUGAGAAAGUUCAGGAAAAUAACUUGGAAUGUAAACUUUAAAAGAAGAAAAGCAGUCUUUUUUUGCCAUGUUUGGGCUGUGUUGAUUACAUCACUUAAAUAGACUUAAUAGAAAGAAGCAGCUGGACCUUUUCCAAUCAGCAUAAAAGCAAUAUUUUAGUGGAUAACUGGUUUUAAAGCAGGGUAGGUCGUUCAAAUGAGGGUUGGUUUGAUAAUCACACAACCAUGUUCCAGUUUCUCAAUCAAGACAUGUUGUCUUCCCCAUAUAUUACUUGUACAUUUCCAUCUAAAUGUGUCUGAUAAGGACCAAGUGGUGUACAGUUAAAUGGUAAUGUUUUUUAUUAGCCUAAUAUUCACCAAAUCAAGAUGAUUCAAACAGAGCCUAACAUAGCUUUAAAUAAAUUCAAAUUUUGUUUUGGAAAAUCUGAUGUGAAAAUGAAAUAGAAUCCCUUUUUACUGCAUUUUGAUUUGUUUGAAUAAUUCAGACCUACAUUACAUGAAAAGGCUAUUAUCCACUAACUCAGAUCUACACACUGACUUGUUGAUCCCUGCCAGACCCAAGGCUGACACACAGGACACACUUUCAGUGAAUUAUUGCUAUUCCUUUAUCUGCACAGUUAAUGAUUACCUCCAAUCAAGCGUGUAUGUUUUUAACAAGAAGCCAUAAACAUGACACCCACCAUGACAGUCAUGAAACAACCUGUGCUUGAUUGUAAGGCUGAUCACAAAAUGCAGUCAAAUAUGAAAAGUCGUUUGUUGAAAAUAACAAGUCUUUCCUCAAGCCAACUGUGUGAUGAGUCAUUUUAAAGCUCAUCAAAUGUUUUUAUAUCAGGUAAAUAAAACAAACUACAAGACAUGCGGCUAGGAGAGGAGGGAGAGGAGAGGGAGAGAGAGGGAGACCCUGACCUGUGAGUAGGUGUAGGCGUGAACUGCUCCCAUCAGUAGCAUGUGCACCGUUACAGCAUCCUAACAAAUGAUCCAGAGUCUACAAGAAUCACUUCAUGACUGCGACUUCAUACUGGGAUAGGAGUGACACUGCGUUAAGUGUGCUGGAAAAGUCAAUCAUUUUAAGACAUGGACGUGUGGAAUAUGAGUGAUGUGGCAGCCAAGCCUGUGUCCCCUCUGUCUAACUGCACGUUGGACACCAGCUACCGCUUCACCUUCUAUCAGGUGUCCUACAGCAUCAUCUUCCUGCUGGGGUUGGUCACCAACAGCCUGGCUCUGCGCAGACUGUGUCUGUCUCCCUGCACCAUGAACAGCACAGCCAUUUACAUGGUCAGCCUCUCUGCUGCUGACAUGUUUUUUGUAAUCUCUCUGCCUCUGAGAAUAUUCUACUACCACCAGAGGGCCAGAGCCAAGACAGGAGACUUGUCCAGUUGGACUUUUAGUGUGGCGUACUGCCACCUCACUUUCACCCUCAAAUACAUCAGCCUGUACGGGGGCAUCUUCUUCCUGGUGUGCAUUGCUGUGGACCGUUACUUUGCCGUAGUGCACCCGCUGGCCUCUACGCUCCGCAGGCUGCGUGUCGCACAGCUGGUGAGUGGGGGGAUCUGGUGCCUGGUGCUGGGGCUCAGUGUGAGUCUGCCUCUGCUGCGCUUUGCAGCCGCUCACCAGCACCAGCCCUGUCUGCUGGACCCCUCCUCCCAACGCCACCGCAAAAUCAUCCUGGUAGCUCUGGGCCUAGUCUUGGGCUCAUUUCUGCUGCCCGCUCUGCUUCUCCUCUGCAGCUACUGCAGGGUGCUGAGGGUGCUUCGCCAUCCGAGACACCGCUCUCGCAGCCAGCGCCGAGGACGCCAGCACACUCUCACCAUCAUUUACUGGGUGCUCGGCAUCUUCCUGCUCUGCUUCGUCCCCUAUCACAUCAACCUCCUGGGAUACACUCUCACACACGUGGGACUGCUGCCCUAUUGUGGCCUGGCAAAGGUGACCAAGGCGGUGCACCCCGUGGUGCUUUCACUAGCAAGCUCCAAUUGCUGCCUAAAUCCACUCAUCUACUAUUUCUCCAGCAGCAUGUUGCACAGGGAGGCGCCCGGGGGAGGCAGUGGCAGCUAGUGACACGGAUCAUUGCUAUCAUUAUCUUAAAAGCACUCGAUUAUGAUUCAUUCAAUUGUCCAGGACUUUUUCUAUUCUACUACUACAGCAUCCUGUUGCUCCUACUGUGUCUGCAGUUCUUCAGAAGUUAAACUAAGAUAACUCUGUGUGUGUUGAACAUGUACUCUGUAUUAUUGUAAGGAAUUAUAAUGUUUGUGUGUUUGCUUUGGUGCCAUGCUACUAUAAAGAAGAAGCACAAUGACAGCUUAGUUAUUUUGUUUUGUGUACUCCGACAGUUUAAUGUGCCAGUAAAAUAUUGAUAUGUCAUGACUUUUUUUAUAUGUAGUGAAUGUAACAUGUUGCCUCAUUUUCCAGAAUGCUGCUCGGACCUUGUAAAGUAUGUUGAUCUUGUUUAUGUAAUUCUUACAAUGUAGUAAUAAUACCUUAGAAAAAUAAUUGUGUGUAUUUCUUUCUUUGGCAAAUGAUUACA